AUGCCUAGUAUAGGCAUUAUUGUUAAUGCCGUACUGUGGUCAUUUUUCUUGUUGCUAUUUGCACUUGCAGUGCUUCUCGUAUGUGUAUACCGACACCGUGCUUUACGUGUACGCAGACGGCAACGACAAUUAAUUAAUUGUCCACCAGCCGAAGCGUUCACACCGAACGUGCUGCUACCACCCGUUGUAGAUGCUGUUGCGGUGUUUCCCACCGACGAUGAGGCACGUAAUCACAUUGAGGAAUGCAACGUACCCCUCACACGCCUACCAACUGAAGUGGGGAUACUCGACAAGGACCCUGAUGAGAAUCCUUGCAUCGUCAACGGCUAUGAGCGAAACCACAGAGAGCCUUUUGUAGACCAUUCGAGUAGUGUGCAGGGCGAUGGGAAUCACUUGCCAUCCACUAGAGCUACCGAGGCAAUGAUGUAUGGUUUGCCCAUUGACACCAGGAACUAC